CUUCUCGCUUCACCAGCCCAGUCUCGAGUGUGUUUGUUUUGAACACCAGAGGAUCCCGUAGUUGCCUCGUCCAUUUUCCUUUCUGAUCCGUCUCUGAUAGAAGUUCUGUCUCCAGGCACGCUUAAAAGGAAGCAAACCAGUGCAGGUCUAAAAAAAAAAAUUCACCUGUGGACAAUCACCUUUGGAACGGCAUAAUGCAAACACUGCAGACUUUAAAAGAAACUUUGUGUGGCUUGGAUGCUGUCCAACAGCAGCUUCUAAUAGGCUCGGCUGUGGCAGCAGGGGGGAUACUGGCAUACAUAGUGCACAAAAGAAGACAAGUCAAAAGGAUUCCUCUUGGUGAAGGAUGGUGGGGAGCAGGGGAGAAGCCACUGUCAGAGGAUGAUAAAAUCUAUCCCUUUAAAGUGCAAACCACAGAUGAAGAGAUUGAGGACCUUCAUGAGCGCAUUGACAGAACCCGCUACACUGAUCCUUUAGAAGAUAGUGGCUUCCAGUACGGCUUCAAUACCGCUCAUCUCAAGAAAGUGGUUUCCUACUGGAGACACGAGUUUGACUGGAAAAAGCAGGUGGCAGUGCUUAACAAGUAUCCACACUUCAAAACUAAAAUAGAAGGAUUGGAUGUGCACUUCAUCCACGUGCGGCCGCCACGCCGUGAGAAUCAGAAGGUUCUGCCUCUUAUGCUCGUUCACGGCUGGCCUGGCUCCUUCUACGAGUUCUACAAAAUUCUGCCACUUCUCACGGAGAACCAGGAUGGUCUCGUGUUUGAGGUCAUAUGCCCAUCUAUCCCUGGCUACGGUUUCUCAGAUGCCCCUCAUAAACAAGGAUUUGAUAGUCUCGCUGCCGCCCGAAUUUUCCUGACCCUGAUGGAGCGUUUAGGGUUCUCCCAGUUCUAUCUGCAGGGAGGGGACUGGGGCUCCCUCAUCACCACCAACAUGGCACAGAUGAAGCCUCAGUGUGUGAAAGGACUCCACUUAAACAUGUUUAUAUCAACAAAGGGGUUCAAAGUGCUGUUGUCCCUCAUUAUUGGUCCUUAUCUGCCCUUCCUGGUGGGCUUCAGUCGGGAAGAUGUUCGCCGGUUGUUCCCUUUCUUUGAGAAGAAUGUUUGGGAAAUGCUGAGGGAAACGGGCUACUUACACAUCCAGGCCACUAAACCAGACACUGCAGGCUUUGGAGUGAAUGACUCUCCUGUAGGCUUGGCAGCCUACAUUCUGGAGAAGUUCUCCUCCUGGACUGAUCUGAGGAACAGGGAUCUGGUGGAUGGUGGGCUGGAGAGGAAAUUCAGCCUGGACGACCUGUUGACAUGUGUCAUGAUCUACUGGACCACGGGCUCCAUAGUGUCCGCCAUGCGCUUCUACAAAGAGAACUUCAAGAGUAAUCCUGACGAAAGAGUGGAUGCCAAGACAGGGAUAUUUGUGCCCACUGGACUCGCCGCCUUCCCUGCGGAGCUGCUGCACUGCCCUAAAUCGUGGGCACAAAUUAGGUAUCGAAACAUCUACUCCUACACUUUCAUGCCUCGAGGUGGUCAUUUUGCUGCCUUUGAGGAGCCCCAGCUGCUAGCCAACGACCUCGUCCAGUUUGUCAAAAAAGUGGAAAAGUUCUGAACCCAUUAAUGCACUUUCAGACCAAUGUAAUUAUGGUAAAUUGGUUCUUUAUUUCUGCUGUUGUGUUAGAUUUUCACUGAUCAUUCCAAAUGGGACACAAAUGCACAUCCUUGUUACUCAUUUUCAUUGCACUACAAUGCCUCUCACUGCUUGAUUGCCUCCAAAACUGCAGCACCGUCAAAAUCAUUUUCAGGUUUCAAUAAAUGUAAACGUCUACACAGGUGAUACUGGCACUCCAGUGUAUCCAAAGAGUGGAUUAAAGAAAGCACUAUAAUGCAUUAAACCUGUCAAGUUAUGCAGAUUAAAAAUAUAUUGCACCAUU